AUGGCUGAGAGGUCAGCAAUGCGGCCUCCACCUCCUCCUGCGACGAAUGGCGAAAGGCCGAAGAAGCGUGUGAGACUAUCUGAAGACCUGCGGCCGUCUAUCACCACUCGUGAGAUGGACGAUACUGGCACGGCUCUGGAAGUAGACCAUAUGAUUCUCGACUAUCUUGUCUAUCAGGCCAUCAACACCUGUUUGGCCUACCAGAACGCGCCUCGAUUGGAUCAAGGAGUGUCAGCAGUUGAAUGCAGCCUUGUGCAGGCCAAUGAAUUCCUCCAGCUCUUCCAGCAUCGCUACUCGCGAUAUCGUUUCUACCCGGAUUUCCGUUUCCGCCAGCAACUACUGCAGCUUGUCACACUUGUCACGCAGCGCUUGAUCAAGACUUCGGUUACACCACCGAAGGCCUCUCUGCAAGCUUUGCGAGAUCGGAAUAAAGCUAGAGCUUUCGAAUGGAUCGGCAGAGAUGCCUCACGGAUGCCAACGGCCGACUACGACACUGCUCCUUUUCAGAAUGAGCUUCCACUAAGUAUCAAAAAGCUCGAGGACAAUCGCGCCCAGCUUCUCGACUCUCUGGACAUUCCUUGCGAAGACCACGACUAUGACGAUGCCUUCUUUGGGACUAAUGCCUGCGUCACACUUCUGGACGUACUCCCGCUCUUCAUGCAAGUCUCAGCAAGAUGCCACAACAUUUUCGACAGGAAUAAUUUUACACCACAGUGGAUGCAGCUGGCUGCCGACUGGAUGAUGCAUGCCUGUCUGGAGCAAUAUCUCAUAUGUGGCCAAGAAGGAUCGGAUGCGAUUGACGAAGCUUUUGCAUGGGGCUUUCACGAGCGAGACAUGAUCGCUGAUGAGACCAAUAUUCGGGUCUCGGAUGAUCCUUUUGAUUCGGAACAUGAUGAACUGGAUGUGCAGCGUUGGGAAUCAAUCAGGCGCCAUGCCCUUGCGAAGCUGUUCCCAGCUGUGGACAAGAAUGAGCAACGAGACUGCUGUCUAGUCUGGCACCUAGGGGCUGUCAAUGUCACCAAUCCAGUCGCAUCGUUGCACGCAAACAUCAACAAGUUCUUGAGAGACUUGGCUGAAGCUAUCGAGAAGCCUGUACUGGCGCAACUCGAGACUGGCCAGCUCGAUGGGAUGUCGAAAGAAGAGACCAGGAACUUCCUCCGUGAAUGUGGGCUGGAUGUUGAGAAGUUUUACAAGACAGCACUUCUUCGCAUGGACACUAGCUGA